AUGACGGUGGAGAUUCUGGCAACUCUCAGUCCAGAGCUGGCGAAGCCGGUGCUAUGGGGCCGAAACACCAAAGCCAAACUCGAGAACACGUUGGGAUGCUUGGGUAUGGUGAUCGGAUGUCCCAUUCUCAUCGUUCUGAAUUGGACCGCCCUCGAGCACUACAAUGGCUCGCUCCUCGAGACAUUCCAAGCUGCAUUCGACCAAGGAGCGCUUCCAUUCCUUCUGAACCAUCUCCCUCGACCAUCAACACCUGCUAUUGCCGGGUACGCAGCAUGGCUGUUAUGGCAGGCACUGUUGUACGGCAUUCUACCAGGAACGACCUGCUAUGGCCAGCGCACACCAGGUGGCAAGCUCAUGCAGUACACAGCAAACGGACUGCUCGCAUGGGCCAUCACGCACGUGCUCUACUUCACCGCCUCCGCAGCCGGAGUCCUCGACGCCGCCAUCGUUGCCAAGCACUGGGAAGGACUCUUGGUAGCAGUCAACGUCUACGGCUUUUUCCUCGCCGCUCUCGCACAGCUCAAAGGCUACUACUUCCCAUCACACCCGGAAGACAGAAAGCUAUCCGGAUCGUGGAUCUACGACUUCUGGGCAGGUGUCGAGCUCAACCCACGCUUCGGCACGUACUGGGACUUUAAGUUCUUUCACAAUGGACGACCUGGAAUCGUGGCUUGGACGCUGGUUGAUCUUUCAUGGGCAGCGUACCAGUAUCAGACACUAGGCUACGUAACGGCGUCAAUGUGGAUUGUCCUGGUGUUGCAAGCAGUGUAUACUGUGGACUUCUUCUGGCACGAGGAUUGGUACACCCGCACGAUCGAUAUCAGCCAUGACCACUUUGGCUUCAUGCUAGCGUGGGGAGAUACUACGUUCUUGCCGACUUUCUAUACGCUACAGGCACAAUAUCUGGCAAGAUAUCCGACUCAUUUGACCCUAAUUCAGUCAGCCGCCAUCAUGGCAUUGGGAGUGACAAGCUACAUCAUUUUCAGACAGGCGAAUUCCCAGCGCGAUUAUGUCCGCAGACACAACGGGAAUGCAAAGCUCUGGGGCCGUCCAGCAACUUACAUCAGAGUCAAGUAUCAGACGAGCGACAACAAGACUCAUGACAGUCUUCUACUCACUAGCGGAUGGUGGGGAGUGGCCAGACACGCAAACUACCUGGCAGAUCUGGUACAGAGCUGGGCGUUCUGCGCAACGUGUGGUUUCACCCACUUCCUGCCAUGGUCGUACUUCUUCUUCAUGUGUAUCCUCCUGCACCAUCGGAUCGGAAGGGAUGACAGGCGGUGUCGGAACAAGUAUGGCGAGAAGUGGGAGGAGUACUGCAAGCUGGUGCCAUGUCGCUUGAUUCCUGGAGUGUACUGA